AGUUGUGUUGUCGUCGUCGUCGUAGUAGCCGUCGCGCGGUCCAUUGUCAGUUAGUUAGUUGUUCGUUGCCUUAGCCCAUGCGUUUGGGUUUGGUUUGCCGUUUUUCGGCUGUGUGUUUUUCCAUGUUACUUUUAUCGGUGCGGUAUUCUGUGUAAAGGAAAUUUAGAAGAAAAAAUAAAUUUUAUAAAAAAUUCGCACUCGAAUUGCUUGACGCGUGUUAUUGUGCAUUUUUAGUGUGAAAUAAACGUAAGCGUGUAUAAAAUUAAUAAAGCGGCGUGUGUGCGUAGCGGUAUUCGCGAAGGAAAAACAACAAAAAAUUGCAGUGCUCGCGCAACAACAGCAAAAAAGCAAACUGCUAAGCCACCUUGCACGCUCCGCGCUCUGCCCGCAAAACCGUGUUAUUUGGCUGGCGUCUGCUAAACGCUGACGCUGCUGCUGUUGCAUUUAAAUGAGAACCACAGCGACGCCAUUCAGUCUGCACGUUUUCAUCGUUAUCAGCCGGGAUUAAGGCUUAAGGAUUAAAGGUGCUUCAACUGUGACAAGGAGCAUCAAGCAAAUGAAAGAAGCGGAGCAGCAGCAGCAACAACAGUGGAGUGCAUAUGUGUAGCACAGCAUCACAACGCGUCACAUAUUUAUAUUUCGUCUCAGCAAAUCAGCUGUCAAGCAGCAAGAAGCCUCAAUCUGCCAUAUUUGAGCACACAUUGGCUUCGGUCUCAAACAGCGUUACCAACCCACCUGCGUCUUUAGCGCUCAGUGUGCCCGCGAAAGCGGUACUUUUAAGUGGAUAAUUUACUUUGCCUCAUAAGCAUAUGCAUAAAUGCAUAUAAAUAAGCGGAAGUUGCUAUAGUACGUGCUCGUGUGGUUGUGCUGUAGCCGGCGUCUGUGCAUUGCUGGCAAAUCUCAACGUUUCCGGUUUUGCUGCGUUGCAGUAUUUAUGAAUACAGCCGCAAGUUGAGUCAGUGAAGGGGAGAGCUCUACCAGCGAAAAUUCACAGUGAACGUUACGCUAUGCUUUUCUUACGCGCGCAACACAUUUAACCAAGCGCCUACCCGUCAAAUACUCUAAAGACGCACUCUGUUUUGAUUACCAGCGACGCGCCCACAAAUGUCUGACGAAGUGCCUUCGGGGCGCUUAUCGCAAAUCUUCGAUUCGCUCACCAAUCUACAACAACAACAAGUGCUACAAGCGCGCCGCCGCUCUGCCUCUUCAUCAUCGCCUUCGCCAGCGAAUUCUGGCCGCGCCACGCCAUCCACUGCCAGCGCUGGCCAACAGCCGUUUGCCUUUCACCAUCAGCACUUCAGCAACCAUGCGCAUGCGUAUUAUAUGCGCGCGCAGGAUGGCAACGCGUAUAUGCACACCUUUCCGGCGGCGGCGGCGACGCAAGCACACCAUCACCAUCACUUGCAUCACAUGCAAUCGGCGCACUGCUAUGCGCAGCAACAAAACGCACAACAGCAGCAGUUGUACUGCGGCGCGCAGCAACAGCAAAUGUCAUUGCCUCCCAUGUAUGCCUCACAGUCGUUGAACUCAUCGCCUUUGCUCACGAAACGCGCCACAUCCUUUAGCGGUAACAUGCCCUUAACGCGUCCGCACUGUGAAAAUAUUGCCGCAAUUCGCAUCUCGGCAGCCACAUCAGGCGCGAGUGGCAAUGCCGUCUCGCAAUCGACUCCAAAUAGUCCGCGUUUGAUGCCGCGUCGUGUGCAGCGUCCACCGCCUAUACCGGCAAAGCCAAGCGCGGCGUCGCUGCAAAGUGCUGGUGGUGGCGGUAGUGGUGCUAUGGCUAAGAAGCCCGUGUCAGCCACCGGUAGCGAUGCAUCUGAAAAGUCAGACUCGGGCACGACGCAGCCAGCUGCCGGUGCGGCAAUUAAUCCGGGCUUAGCCGCAUUAGAUACCGAUGCGCCUUGGCCGCAUUUCUCUACGAUCACCGAGCAUUUGGACGUGCAUCAGGUGAACAACUACGCGCAACCAGUGCCGGAGAUUAACUGGCAAGAACGCUGUCUGGAACUUCAACUCGAACUGCAUCGCUCCAAAAAUCAAGCUGGCCGCAUACGUGAUAUGCUACGUGAAAAGCUAUCCGAGUUGGAGCAGCGCGUCGUUGAGGCGGAAGAACGUGCUGAAGAAGCGGAAGAUAAGGUGCGGGCUAUGGAACAGCGGCUGAGUGAAUGGCCCAAACCACCACAGUCAGCCACCAACUCGCCGAUCCAUCAAAGCCAACAACAGCAACAACAACAAUCAACAUUAACCGCACAGCAAUCAGCUAGUCUUCCCACCCAAGAGGCUGAGAAAACCAUCACCUCAUUGGAGAUACAAGUUGAGGAGCAACGUCAAUUGCGUCUACACGACGCUCGACAAGUCGAAGCAAAAGCGGCCAAAAUCAAAGAAUGGGUCACCAAUAAACUGCGUGAACUCGAGGAGCAAAAUCAAUUGUUACGCGAACAGAAUGUUAAAUGUAAUCAACAAUUGGAGCUAUUAAAAAAUCAUAUCGCCAAUCAAUCGAACCGACACAGCAUUGUCGGACCACAUCCAGUGCGCAAUAGUCUGAGUUUGGAUGUGCAAGAAUUUGCCGAUUCGGCAGAGGGACGAAGACGCAGCGAAAGUUUAGAUCCGCAAGAGAUCAUCAAUCGCCCAUUAACCGCUUCAUAUCCGCAUCAUCAGCAUCGACGCAAUCUCAGUAUGGAACCGCAAGAGCUCGAACGUAAUUUAGUUGCGGCUGUAGAUGGUUUAACGCUCACACCACUAGCCAGCAUCUCGAAAGCGUCCACAACGCGACCGGAUAGCUCGGACACCGAUACAGCGCACGAUUAUGCUGAGAUCUAUACACCGUCGUGUGAGAAGCUGCCAGCCUGGAUGAAAAACAAUCCAGCGUUGAUGGCGAGCGGCGGCAAUUCGAGCACCACAACCACUACCAGUGAUCUGGGCGUGCCACGUCCCCCCACGCCACCAUUACAUCGUUUUCCCAGCUGGGAGGCGAAGAUUUAUCAAGUAGCCAACGAUGGGCUGAUUGGCGUGAGUGAGGAGAACCUAGUGCAACAUCAGCAGGAUGUGCAUCCAACGCAGACGCAGUCACAACCGCCACCCGACAUACAGGAGUCGACAAGUGGCGCGGCGUCCGCAGGCAGCAAUAGCGCCUGCAAUACGCUAGCGAACGGCGGCGGUCACGGACGUGCUACACCUUCAAACAACGGCACAUUGGGCAGCACGCGCGGUGAGAGUGGCACUGGCGGUAAUGGCGUACCGGGCACACCACAGCUGCCCACACGUCAGCAGCAGACUGCAAGCGGAGGUUUCUGUGAUAUAUCGGUGCCCGUUUAUGCCACCGUCAAAGGGCGCGCUUCCCAAAUACGUUCCAUGCCCUUCACGGGCGACUCCAGUGAUGACUCGAGCGAUGGCGAAGAUCACGCCGUUAUGCUUACGCACAAUUCACACAACUCAUCGAGCACCGACAAUACUGAAACAUCCACGUCGGGUAGCGCAUCGAGUCCUUCGAAGAGUCUAAAGACAUCGUCGAGUUUGAGCCCGGCUAAGCGCAGCGGUUCAGAGAGCCCAAAGAAUACGAAAGCUCGUGCUCACCAAAUGCACAUAUCCACCUCACAUUACACCAACACAAAUAUCAAACACAACAAUCAUUACAACACUAUGCACACCUACAACAAUACACAACAUUUGGGUCCUUACACCAAUACAAAUACAUUACCAUUACCAAAUCACAACAACAAUGCCAACAAUCACGCGACUACCAACAAUCAUCUACGUCUCCCCCACAUGCGUGGAACAGUAAUUUCAGAUAUUUCCUUUGAAUCAGGCCUGUCGGAUGAUUACGCUUUGCCGCCGGAUGCGGUAUCAGAGUCCACGUGCAUGGACGCCUCCAUGCCGUCGCUGCUAAUGCGACAAUCGUAUGUGGAUUCGCCAAGCAAGAAGAUCGAAUCGCUCGAAAAGAUGGGUCAUCUCGCCAAACUCGGUGGCAAACUAAAGACGUGGCGUAAACGUUGGUUUGUGCUUAAGAAUGGCACACUUACCUAUUGGAAGAGCCAACACGAUGUGAACCGUAAGCCGCAAGGUCAGAUCAUGUUGGAUGAGGCGUGUCGCAUUAAUCGCGCCGAAGGUGCUUCCACUUUUGAGAUUGAUACUGGCAAGAAGGUCUACUAUCUCACCGCCGAUUCGAAUGCAACUAUGGAUGAUUGGAUACGCGUGCUGCAGAAUGUGCAGCGUCGCAAUGCGACCAAGCUGCUGUUGAGUCGUGACGAUCAGAAGCCCACCAUACAGGGUUGGGUCACAAAAGUGAAGAAUGGACAUGCGAAGAAAUGUUGGUGUGUGCUUUUGGGUAAAAUGUUCCUCUACUUUAAGGCGCCCGGCGAGACGAAUCCGCUUGGUCAGAUAAAUAUGCGCGAUGCACGCGUCGAGGAAGUCGAACAUGUUUCCGACUCUGAUUCGGAAGAGCGUGAAGAGCCGACACAGAGUCAGGCACGUCUUACCGUCGCCAUUUAUCCAGCACAUCAAGGUCCCACAUACCUUAUAUUACCCGGCAAGCAGGAACGUGAUAAUUGGCUAUACCAUUUAACUGUGGUGUCGGGUGGUGGUCCAAAUGCGGGCACACAAUACGAGCAACUCGUACAAAAACUUAUGGAGACUGAUGGAGAUCCCAAUUGUGUUCUAUGGCGCCAUCCAAUUUUAUUGCAUACCAAAGACGCCAUCACAUCACCGCUUACCUCGCUACACUCGGAAGCCAUGCAGCCCGAAGCUAUUAAAUUGUUUAAGAGCAUUCAACUCUUCAUGUCAGUGGCUGUUAAUCAACCCGGCAUCGAUUAUCACGUCGUCUUGGCACAAAAUGCCCUACAACACUGCCUGGAUAUGGCCGAACUGCAAACGGAAAUGAUCGGCAUAUUGGUAAAGCAGACAUCACGGCACACGGGCCAGAAGCUUAGUGUCGGCGUCCAGGUAAACAAGAAACUGGGCAAGCAAACGCGCCAACUACUACUGUGCGCCACGCAGAGCCUCUUUACUUGUGAUACACAGCAAGGUGGCGCCGCACAGGCCAACGGCAGUUCACCAACAUCCAUACAGGCACCCGCUCCACCACCCAUCAUCGAUUGCAAAUCAAAUCCACCCGCCUACUCGUUCGUCCAAGGCUGGCAGUUGCUCUCACUCGCCGUCUCGCUGUUUGUACCCAAAUCGAGCCGUCUUCUAUGGUAUCUGAAGCUGCAUCUCUCGCGUAAUGCAGACACGAAAACUGAGACGGGUAAAUAUGCCGCGUAUUGUGAGCGCGCAUUGGAGCGCACAUUGAAGAAUGGCGGCCGCGAGACGAAGCCCUCACGCAUGGAAGUGCUGUCUAUAUUGCUGAAGAAUCCAUAUCAUCACUCACUGCCACACGCCAUACCGGUGCACAUGAUGAACUCCACUUAUCAGGUCGUCUCUUUCGACGGCUCGACUACAAUUGAAGAGUUCCAAACUACACUCGCGCAGGAGAUUGGCACACGCGACGCCACCAAUGGUUUCUGUCUUUUCAGCGACGAUCCGAUCGAAAAGGAUCUCGAACACUAUCUUGACCCGCUCGCUAAACUCUGCGACGUCAUCUCAAAGUGGGAGACUGCUUUGCGCGAAAAAGGUUCCGGUAAAUUCGAAAAUACACGCGUCAUACAGUUGACCUACAAGAAUCGUCUCUACUGGCGGCACACAGUCAAAUUCGAAACGGACAAGGAACGUCUGCUAUUUUGCUACCAAACGAAUGCACAGAUAGUGCAGGGACGCUUUCCGUUGUCGCGCGAUCUAGCGCUCGAGUUGGCUUCGCUGAUGUCACAAAUCGACAUGGGCGACUACUCGCACGAGAAAUCACGCGGCACGGGUAGCAAUGUUGGCAUCAAAGCGCUCGAUAAAUUCUAUCCCUACCGCUAUCGUGAUGCACUCAAUGCCGAGCAGCUGAAGGAGGUGCAAGAGCUGCUCAUCUCGAAGUGGAUGCUGCUCAAGGGACGCUCAACGCUCGACUGUGUGCGCAUCUACUUGACAUGCUGCCGCAAGUGGCCCUACUUCGGCGCCAGUCUUUUCCAAGCCAAACCGCGGCACUCCGAUCAAGCCAUGGCAUGGUUGGCCGUCUCCGAGGAUGCACUCAAUGUGCUCGAGCUAAGCUCGAUGACGCCAAUGGCACGUUAUCCCUACACCUCGGUGAUGACUUUUGGCGGCUGUCAGGAUGACUUCAUGCUGGUCGUCUCCAACGAGGAUACGCUGGCCACAUGCGGUACACAAGAGCAAAAGCUGCUCUUCGCUAUGAGCAAACCAAAGAUACUCGAAAUAACACUUCUAAUCGCCGACUAUAUGAAUGCUCUUGGCCACACCGUGCCCGGUACGCCACAAAUGAAUACGCUCACCCGCAAUGGCUCGCAUCGUUCGCUACGUUCACGUCCCGCCGGCGGUGGCACUGGUACCGGCACCGGCACGGGCACAGGACUCGGUGGUUGCGGCACCACCACAGCCGGCAUGUCCACCAAUGCGACCACAACGGCGCAUAACACGCUCAACUCGCAUGCCACGCACACGCUCAACUCAACACAUUCGCAUACACUGAGCUCGUCGCACUACAGUGGCGGCGGUGGUGGCAUCGGUGGUACACAUGUUGGUAGUCAUCAGGGUACCAUGAGCUCAUCACACGGUCACGCGCAUCACCAUCAGCCGGAUAUAUUAAAGAGUACGCCCGAUCAUCAGCGCAUCAAGUAGAGCAAACGUAAGUGUAAAUAGACUAGUGUAGACAUUAGGUGGUUAUUUAUUAUUAUUGCGCGCCAAAAAGUAUGUUAAGUUUACGAUUUAGGGAUCAGUGACCCAAGAGGGCUUUUUUUAUACAGUUAAACUAUUUCUAUCAAGCCGAAGUGAGUCAGAGCCACAAACUACAUCCCCUCAUUCGAGCUAUCAAACUUUGCUCGGCCAGGUUUCGAUGGUGAAUAAAAAACCGUACUUCGGCCAACAAAGCACAUUAUUGCCGUGAGGUAAAAAAACAAAUUUCUUCUCCGAAAUAAAAAUUUAUUUUCAUUUAGAAAGCACCAAAAGCUUGGUGAAGCUUUUUAAGAGCGAAAUAGUUAACGCUUACAAAAAAACAGCUUUUCCUGACUUUAAACAUUUUUUUUCAUUGAAAGUACUCCAAAAGCUUUGUGAAGCUUUUAUAAAGCUUUUGAAGAAAUAUCGACAUUUUCAUUCCUGGGCAGGAAUUGGAAGUCUUCCAAUGCCAAUAAAGUAUUCAGUUUAACCCUAAAAACUAUAACGAAAAGUCCCAAAAGUUUUCAAUCACAUCUAAUUGUACAUUAUACUCGUAACUUUCUUCUUUUAAUUUAUGACGAAGCUAUUAAAAAUUAUCAUAGGUUAUUUACGAAAGUAAUGUCAAGAAUCGAAAGUCGAACUGCUAUGUUUCCUAUUUAUAAAACAAUAACAAAAAAAGUUGAUGAAAAAUUAAAAACACAAAUUUUAAAAGGCUUUAUAACGGUAGUUUGGUGGUGCUAAAGCACUAGCAAUUAAGACAGAAGCUUUUACAUAUUUUAAGUUUGUAGCUUUUCCAAAGUAUUCAUAUGCAUAUGUAGCCUUUCACACAUUGGAUAAAAACCGGCAACUUUAAUAACUUAUGAAAGCUCAGUAAAGUCCAGUACCCUUUCGCUAGCUUUUAUAUAUCUUUAGAGCUUACAAAAUAGUUGCGAAUUUAAUUUUUCUCAUGACUUUUUUAUUAAAGUUUUUCCAUUCUUAACGUUUAAAUAGUUUUCGAAAGCUUUUACGUAAAAAACUCUGCUAUAAAAACUCAUAUAGCUUUAAAGCUUGAUUGAUAUAAAUUAUAAGCCUGUCUUAAAUUGGCCACAAUUUAGUUAAAAAUUUAUGAAUUUAAUUUAAAAAGUGUGUGACAACUUUAAAAAUAUUUCGAAGCUUCUGAGAUUUUAUUGACGUUACGUAAUGACGCAAAUUUUACGUAAAUGUAAACAUUAGAAUGUUUUUACACAACUUUAUAAAAAACACAACUUUAAAAAGCUUUUUCGAAACUAAACUAGUUUUUACGUCAAAAAUCUGCCAUAAAAGCUCGUAUGUUUUACGGCUUUUGCGUAAAUUGUAUGCCUGCUGAAAAUGUGCACAAUUUCAUUAAGAUAUUUAUGAAAUUAAUAUUAAAAAGUGAAUAGUAACUUUAAAAAGCUUUCGGAGCUUGAGAAUUACGAAGCUUCAAAUGUUGCGAAAAUGUCAUAAUUUGAAUUGUGAAUAUUUUUACACAACUAUUUUCAGAAAUAACAUAAUUUUAGAAAGCUUGUUCGAAGAUAAAAUGGUUUUCAAAAGUUUUUACGUCAAAAAAUAUUCCAUAAAAGCUCAUAUAACUACAAAGCUUUUUUAGAAAUAAUAUGCGUGCAUGAAGACGUGUACAAUUUCAUUACAAAUUUUGUGUAAUUAAUAUAAAAAAGCAACAUUAAAAAGCUUUCGAAACUACAGAGCUGUUACUGAAAUGGGUGUAAAAGCGCACAUUUUACGUAAAUGUAAUCACUUGAAUGUUUUUACGCAAUUUUUUUGAAAUGGCAUAACUUUAGAGAACUUUUUCAAAGCUUUCAAGCUUAUGACGUUGCUUAAAGCUUUAAGAAAAAUUUUUGGGUGUUACGUAAGGGAAAUUUAAAUGUUUUAACCCAAUUUUUUGUUAAAAACAUAGUAAUUUUAGAAAGCUUUUUCAAAGUUUUCAAGCUUAUAUCUUUGCUUAAAAGCUUUGACAAAAAUUUUUUGUGUUACGUAAGUUCGAUUUGAAUGUUUGUAACCAUUUUGUUUUUUUUUAAAGCACAGUAGUUUUAGAACGCCUUUUCAGAGCUUUCGGCUUGAAAAGCUUCAACAAAAAGCUUUGUCUCUUUUGGGAUAAUUUAUUUGCUAAUAACUGUAUAAUUUAAUGUUCUAGCUUUAGUUAGCACCAAAGUACCGUUACAAACGCUUACGAAAUGUGAAAUCAAAACGAAUGAGAGUAUAAAUACAAGCAAAGACACAUACAAAUGUACAUUUCUUAGCUUAGUUGCACUCAUUGUUAUGCUGAAAGUCACAAAUAGUAUUUUUGCUUAUUACUGCAAAGGGAAAUUUUCACUACAAAUUUAUUAUAUUUAUAUAUAUUUGAACAUAUACACUAAAUGUAUUGUAAAAUAAAACAAAAUAUUAAUUAUACUACAUGCAAAACAUAAAAUAUUGAAUUGCUGAGAAGUUAAGGAAAAAUAGCAAUUAAACUUUAGAACAAAUAGUACUAGCUUAAAAUAAAAUAAGUAAUUAUUAUUAUUAUUGUAUAUGUAACUGUUUGUAUGACAUUUUGUCCCGCUGCGUGACAUGGCGAUAUAUUUAGCUAACUGACUUACAUAAGUACUCAUAUUAUAUAUAAAAAAUAUAUAUAC